CCGGUACAUUCGCUGGAAUUCCCACUGUUUAGUUUAGUUCUUCGUACGGGAGAGUAGUAUACAGUAGUUCUUGGCUUCCAAAAUAUUUUUAUAUGUUUGCCUGUCCAUCACUACGUGGAAUAACGCGGGAAAUGAAGUUAUAAAUCUUGUGACAAACAUUUUUUCGCGUCGGAAAUUGCCGGAAUAUUUGGUAAUAUUAUUUGACGAUUGAAAUUCAUUCAAAAUGAUAAAAGGUAUCGCUUUGAUAUGUUCCGGUGUAUUUGCCGCAAAUGCACCUCAAUAUUGGGACAAACUGCAUAAAUAUAUCAAUCCUUCAGAAAAGGAAAUCAUAGACAACAGUUUAAACAAAAGUGAUGACAGUAUAGGCAAAGAAAGCACAAAAGAAGGUACUCCAAGUGAAGAAGCUACAAGUGUAGGAAGUAGUAGUGAAGGAACUAGUAGUGGAACUAGUAGUGGAAGCUCAAGCACAGAGGAUAUAUGUAAAGCAAUAGAAAGAACAAAUUUAAAUACAUUAGUCCCUGAAGUUAUGUUCUUCACAACUGAAUCUGCUAAUUGUCGAUCUCAUUUAGCAACUAUGGAAGCUUGUUUAAAGCCAAAGUGUCCAGUAGGAUAUCUGAGGAAAAUAAAAAAUAUUUUGGAUUCUGCAACUAAGUCGAUGGAUAUAUGUAUAUAUAUCCUCACAUGCUCAGUUUUAAGAAAAGCAAUACUUGCAGCACAAAAAAGAGGUGUUAAAGUUAGAAUAAUAACAGAUAGCAGUACACUAUUUCGGGCAGAAACUAAUUAUGAGGCAUAUAUAUUACAAGAUAUUGAAUUAAGAAUAAAAUAUAAUAGUGUUUUGAUGCAUCAUAAGUUUGCUGUUAUCGACAGUUGUAUCUUGAUAACAGGUAGUAUAAACUGGACUAUGACGGCAUUCUUUGGAAAUCAUGAAAAUGUACUAGUGAUUAAUGAUCCAAUACUUGUUAGACAAUAUAAAGAUGAGUUUGAAGAUAUGUGGACUACACUUGGAAAAGAAAAUAAAAUGAAACAAAAUCAAGGUUUUAUCAAAAAUAGGCAAAAUCAAAAAUUUGAAUAUCAACUUAAGCACAGUAACUAUACAAAGAAAGGUUCUACAAAAUAAUUCAGUCGUGCCUUAUCAGUCUCAAGAAGAUUAAUCAGUUCCUAUAGAUGAUAAGAAAUAUCAGCUUAAUGUUACCAUUUUAUCAUGAUAUGUGUGUUAGCACACAUGUAACAUUAUUGUGAUAUCACAAAGACUGAUUAAUAUUUUAUUGUAUAUGUAUUUUGUACAUAAACGAU